AUGGAGACCGAAUCAAAACAGCAGCAGCAGCAGCAGCAGCAGCAGCAGCAGCAGCAGGAUCAGCAGCAGGAGUCUAAGACAACUCUUACCCAGCAUCAACAGGAUUCUUCAACAUCAAGUUCCUCCUCCUCCUCCUCCUCCUCCUCAGCACCAGGAGGAGCAGCAGGAGGAGGAGUUGGAGGAGAUGGAGGAGAGUAUGAGGACGAAGUAAUUACGUCAUUCGAUAAUUUACCACUCGACGAGAAAUUAUUAAGAGGAAUAUAUUCAUACGGUUUCGAGAAACCAUCAGCAAUACAAAUGAGAGGAAUUAAACCUAUUAUUGAUGGACAUGAUACUAUUGGACAAGCACAAAGUGGUACAGGAAAAACAGCUACAUUUGUUAUUGCUGCAUUACAAAAAAUUAAUUAUCAAAAAAAUCAAUGUCAAGUUCUUAUACUUGCACCUACUAGAGAACUUGCACAACAAAUUCAAAAGGUGGCAUUAGCAUUAGGAGAUUAUUUACAGGUAUUAUGUCAUGCAUGUGUUGGUGGUACAUCAGUAAGAGAAGAUGCCCAAAGAUUACAUGGUGGUGUACAUGUAGUUGUAGGUACACCUGGUAGAGUAAAUGAUAUGAUGGAGAAAAGACAUCUACGUUGUGAUCAUAUGAUUCUUUUUGUAUUAGAUGAGGCAGAUGAGAUGUUAUCAAGAGGAUUCAAGGCACAAAUACUAUCUGUAUUUCAGCAUUUACCUCAAGAUGUACAAGUUGCAUUAUUUAGUGCAACUAUGCCUGCAGAUAUACUUGAAUUAACUACACAAUUCAUGAGAAAACCUAAAAGAAUAUUAGUAAAAAAAGAUGAACUUACAUUAGAGGGUAUAGCACAAUAUUAUAUUGAUGUACAAAAAGAAGAAAAUAAAUUUGAUACUCUUGUUGAUCUAUACGAGACUCUUACUAUUACCCAGGCAAUAAUAUAUUGUAAUACUCGUCGUCGUGUAUUAAGUUUAGUAGAUAUGAUGACAGGUCAUGAUUUUACAGUAUCAGCAAUGCAUGGAGACAUGGAGCAACAACAGAGAGAGACAGUGUUACGUGAGUUCCGUAGCGGUAGUACUCGUGUAUUAAUAACUACAGAUUUAUUAGCUAGAGGUAUAGAUGUACAACAAGUAUCCUUAGUAAUUAAUUAUGAUAUACCUACUAGUAAAGAAAAUUAUAUCCAUAGAAUUGGACGUAGUGGACGAUUUGGUAGAAAAGGUAUAGCAAUUAAUUUUGUUACUAUUAAUGAUAUGGAGCAACUUAAGGAAAUAGAGACACAUUAUAAUACACAAAUACAAGAAAUGCCUGCUAAAUUAGAUACUAAAUAA